CGCGCCUAGCAACGUCACGGCAUUAUAAGCCAACCCAUUACAACUUUAACACACGGAAUGCAAAAUGGCAAAACUGAAAAAUAAAAUUAAGAAAACACUUUCGAGUGCGAGGUUAAUGGUCCGCAAGCUCUUUAUUUGCAUGUGCUGCCCAACUUUAGUCACGACAAUGGAGGUCGACGAAAACGAAUGCGACGAUGCCGAUGACCUUGUGGUGACUCGCGUUUACAGGGCCGCCAGCUUCACCAACUCCGUCACUGCCGACAGGAUGUGCGUCCAGGGCUCAAGAAGCGCGACACAUGCAGAGUCGCAAACUGCCGCCGGAACUAGCAGGCGCACGAAGAAUCUGCACGAGAGAACGCGGAGACCGGUCUCACCGGAAACGUGGGCAAUGUCAAGGGAGCGAAUCUCGUCGUGGAAUCGUGACUCCGAGAAUUUUGCUAUUCCACAGAGCCCGGAAGAAAGCGACACCGGAAGCGAGGUGGGCGACUACGGAGACGCCGGCCUUGACUUGGCAAUAUUGUACUGAGCGAUGACAUAUUAACUGAUGUAGCGUUUUUGUACUGGAUUUAUGUUUUUGUAUGUAUGUUUGUUUGUUUGUAUGUAAUAAAGAAUCGUGUUUGG